AUGGCGCCUGCACCUCCAGGGAGCCAAAUUGCCCCUCUCCCAUCCGAUCUCCCCUUCCGCCUCGUCAGCAAGACCAUCGGCCAAGGCGCAUACGCCUCGAUCCGCAAAGCCGUUCCACACAAUGCACCGAAACCCAUCAUCGCCAUCAAGUUCAUCAACAAAGAACACGCUUUCAAACAGGGCCGCCUCACACCUAAGCAGAUCAAGAUGGAAAUCAUCUUGCACCAACAUCUUGGGAAACAUCUGAAUAUAAUACAUUGUUUGGGCUCAGGAGAAGACGCGCUAUGGACAUGGAUAGCGAUGGAACUCGCCGAGGGCGGGGAUCUAUUUGACAAGAUUGAAGCGGAUGAAGGUGUUGGGGAGGACAUCGCACACUUCUACUUCAGCCAAUUGAUCAGUGCGGUGGGCUACAUGCAUUCGAAAGGCGUGGCGCAUCGGGACAUCAAGCCUGAGAAUGUGUUACUGAGUGCCGAGGGUGAUCUCAAACUCUCUGAUUUCGGGCUGGCGGCCCUGUUCGAAAAAGACGGACAGCUACGACUAUGCAAUACCGUCUGCGGUUCACCUCCCUACAUAGCCCCGGAAAUCGUCAGUGGGAGGAGGAGUAAAAGGGCAGACGUGCUGGACGUGGGGUAUGCGGCGAAUAUCUGCGAUAUCUGGAGUUGCGGUGUUGUGUUGUUUGUGCUAUUGGUUGGCAAUACGCCGUGGGACGAGCCGACACUGCGGAGCGAGGAGUACAAAGAAUAUGUGCAGACAGGUGGGCAUACGAGCGAUGAGCUGUGGCAGCAGUUGCCACCAGAGAUUGUGAGUUUGCUAAGGGGCAUGCUGCGGAUCGAUCCGGCCGAACGUUUUGCACUCAAUGAGGUGAGAACGCAUCCCUGGUUUACGAGGAAGAACCCAUAUUUGAGUUCAAGUGGAACGAAUGCGAAUCCUGUUGGGUUGGCGACCCAGAUGCUAUCUCAGCUACGCAUCGACUUUUCCCGCCCACCGACACAAUCCCAACGUGGUUUCUCACAGGAUGAAGAUGCGAUGGACGUUGACUCCGACCCCCGAAGAUCGAGCGCCAUCACUCUCCUUUCCUCCACACAGCCUGAGACGCCGGUAGCCGAUACGCCUUUUGACUGGGAACGACCGCCGCGACUACCGUCACACGAUGGGGUAUCUGCUUCACAACCUACAGAUGGUAACCAACAGCCUGUGUACCGGACGCAAAUCACCGCUUCCACACCGAUGGUGUCACAGCUCCCGUCUUCGACACAGGAGAUGCUCUCACAGGACCCUAGCAUGACCCAAUUCUCACAAACACCCGGCGUUCCGUUGACCUUCACACAAGCUGCGCGAAAAUUUGCCGAUGUCCUACCCUCCUACUCAAUGGCACGCUUCAUUUCCCCUCACGCGCUCUCCUUUCUCAUUCCUCUUCUUCUCGAAGCUCUGCAUCGACUGGGUGUCCCAGCACCAUCAUUCUCGGAACAGCAGAUAGAGGAGGCUGAGAUGACGGGAAGUGUGAGUAUUAGGGUCAAGAUGGCCGAUGGUCGAAGACAGGGGCUAAAUGGACAUAUUGUCAUUGAGAAGGCGGUGUAUGAUGGAAUCGGGUAUAAUGAAGUGCGCUUUGUGAAGGCAAGUGGCGAUCCAUUGGAGUGGAGGAGAUUUUUCAAGAACGUUGUGCUCUGCGUUGGGGACGUGGUUUUGAGGCCUAGUUGA